GGUAUUAAAGCCUGAUGUAAGAUUAACGACAGAUAACAGAUCACUGACUCCAUAGCGUCAUGAAUACUGGAUCUCACAAAGAGCAAAUAUAAAGAUACCGCAAAAGCAAAUACUGAAAACCCAGCGAAGGAAGACCAAUCAAACACAAGGGCAGGUAACCGACCUGUGAUACAAACGAUAUAAACGAUAACUAAAGCCAGAGAAUUGAGAUUGAUAUUCAGAUUUGUAUUGGAGAAAGUGAAAUGAUACAACUCAUUGGCUGAACAUACAGAGCAACUUCAAAUGCCAAGUAGAUUCAGAAAAGACUAAUUAAAUCGGAUUUAGACUUUGACAUUUGAAUUUUGUCCGCAGGGAUUUACUUACAGACAAUAUAAAGUGGGACCCUAGAUUAGAAAUUGGUAAAACCAGGAAUAGCAGCUGUUUUGAGCUUAGCUGACGUAGUUAAUACAUGCUCAUAUAUAGUAUCAAUUAGCUGUUAUCAACGUCAUUGGAUAUGACAAUGAGUAAUGGGAGUGAAUAUGUGGUUUAUCCCCCAGGGGCUGGAAGUUACUAUUUUCACAAUACUAGCACCAUUCCUCCAAGUCCGAUGGAGGUUACGAACGUCACAUUGGAAAUGACAGGCAUAUCUCAACGAUAUAGCACACCAGCGUUAAUCGUUGUAUCAAUAAUUUUAGGAGGUGUAACACUCGGAACUGCCUUUGGAAAUAUUCUUGUCCUCGUUGCCUUAUAUAAAUUCAAAAACCUGAAAACAGUCUCAAAUUAUCUCAUUGGAAAUUUGGCGAUCAGUGACUUGUUAUUAGCGUUGACAGUUUUACCGAUGUCAGCUACCAAUGACAUUUUGGGAUAUUGGGUGUUUGGACGUGUGCUAUGCAGCGUAUGGUUGUCAAUUGACGUAUUUUACUGUACUGCUAGUAUAUGGAGCCUGUGUGUAGUGGCGAUAGACCGUUACACAGCAACCAAUUUUCCAGUUUGGUAUCGGGAAAGACGGUCAAUCCAACGAGCCCUGUUAUACAUCACAAUGGUAUGGAUUUUUUCAAUUGCUAUCUCCAUAGCACCAUUUUUCGGAUGGAACAAUACUAUUGAAGAAAACGUACGUAGGGAUGUUUACGGAAAGGAACGGUGCAUUCUAUUCGAGAAAGUUGACUAUGUGGUGUAUUCUGCCUCAGGAUCAUUUAUCAUACCUCUAUUCCUAAUGAUGUUUCUAUAUUUCCGUAUAUUUUAUGUGAUUCGUAGCCGUGCACGCCAGCUCCGACGUAGUUUAGAUAAACACGCCAAAAAAGAUAAAGCUGCUAGGGAACUGAGUGGUGGACCGAAAGCUGAACUUCCCCCGAGCACUCCUCAAAAAGACAUGCAUCUUCUUAACAAGCAUUUGAUUCAAAUUGACGUGAACUCAACAUUUGAUGGUGUCAGCACGCAAAGUUAUUUCAGUUCGGAUCCUAGUAGCAGCAGUCAAGAGAAAAGUGAGGACAGUACUCACGGGACCAGUCUCAAACGGGACUCAACUGAGAGAACUAUAUCAGAAAAAACGGACCCCAAUAGUUUAAAAAAUGGUAUUGACCAUGAGAAACAAAUGUUGAUCCCGGUGAUCACGUGUACACCUGCCGAGGAGGACGUUAACUCCAAUGAAACAGACAAUACCAAAGUUGAAGCCUGUACAAAUGGAACCCAAGUUCCAACUACGGGCAACAACAACGAGCCUCCAGUUACAACCACUAAAAAAACAAAACCGAAAAUGAACAAACAGGAAGUAGAAAAGACCAAGAAGAAACGUAAACAAUUCCGGAGCAACAGUCAUCAGAGAAAAUUUGAUCAAAGAGAGCAGCGUGCUACGAAGCGUAUGGCAAUUAUCAUGGCCUGCUUUAUCUUCUGCUGGCUGCCGUUCUUCACAAUGUAUCUUACUAAUAGUCUCUGUGGGGCUACAUGUGUCAUCAAUGCUGACAUUGCAUCAGUAAUUAUAUGGUUAGGCUAUGUUAACUCUACGCUGAAUCCAGUUCUAUAUACCGUCUUUAAUGAGGAAUUCCGACGUGCAUUCUAUAAGUUGUUAUGUACUUCAAGGUCGUAACCAUGUAUAUGUGCAUAUAUUCAUCCAUAAAUUGCCUUGAGUUGAUGGUCUCUUCAAGUAAAUGAAAGGGGGGCUCUCCUAACUAAACAGCAUCAACGUCAACUCUGACUUGGACAGAAAUGCUUAAAAAUCGAGUCUACUACAUAGCUCAAAAUAUCACGGUCAAGAAUAUAGAUGUUGCUUGACUUCUGUGAAAUUAUUGCAGCUGUGCAGUAGACUAAGCACUCCUAAAAAGAAAAAAUUAUAUAAAAAGCAUGAAAAGGAGUGAGUUGUAUAUGAUAAAGCAGGAAAUAGAAUAAGACGUACUGCAUAUAAGUUGUUUCAGUGUUUUAUUCUGGAAACAGAUUGACCGUGACACGUUUUGUAGACCAAUUAAUAAUUCUUGGUUAUAAUCUUGUAUAGCUGGAGUGUACAAAGUGUA